GUACAGUAGUUGCUAGAUGAUUUCAGAGCGUUGCAGGCGCAGUUUUAGUUUUUUAUGAAUGUUAGAAUUGAUGUGGAAAGUGUGUGUUGGAUACUAUUGAGAACGGAGCAGUGCGACAAUCGCUCAACAAGAUAAGCACCGUUUGUUUUUGGUCCCGUUUCCGGUUUCCCGUUGCCGGUUCCGGUAAAAUUGCAACGCCCCCGAAUAUUUGGCAAUGUUGCCGGGCUUUAUUGCCUUUUUUUAUUUUGCCCACUUUGCGUUGCAAUUUCGGUUCUCCUUGCAUGUAACGGUUCUUUUUGGACCCCCCUAUCACACACAACGAAACGAGAAGAAAAGAAAAGAGAGGAGAGGCAAGGAGACCGCAAUUUACGAAAAUUAAAAGAGUGUGUGUGUGAAAAUACGGUACUUUUACACUGGUGGCCGUUGAAAGUGAGUCAAAGUCAAUAUUUAAAAUCCUGAAAUGAAAUAAAGUGUAUAUGACUAAAGCUUCAAAAUACAAAAAGAAAAACCUAAAAAAUUCAAAAACAUAAAAAUACACAAAAAUUUAUAAUAUAUAUAUAUAUCAAAACAAAAAAAAAAGAAUAAAAAAAUCUAAAAAAGUUUUUGAACUCGAAAAAGAAUCUAAAAAAAUUACAAAUAAUUUUAUCCUAACUUAAAACUAGUUUUAAGCAAGUGAGCGCACGUGCCGAGCAAUUUUUUAUACCCAAAACUCGAGCCACGACAGCCACAUACCCUAGAUUUCCCAAUACCUGGGCUAUGUUCACCACCCGCAUAUCCGGCGACAUGAAGAUCUUUGCCGCAGAUGUUGCCGAGAGCAGCGCCACAGGAACAUGCAACACGACCAUGCAGCAGCAACAGCAGCAGCAUCAGCAGUCGCAGCAACUCGAGUUCCGGCCACUAAUGUCCGCCGGAUCGCCGAGUUCCAAGCCGGGACAAUGUCAUCUGAAGUUUGGGAAGUACAACAAUAAGACGGCCAAUCUGAUGCGCCAGGUGAAUGGUUGCCACAGCAGUAACAGCAACAGCAACACCAGCAGCAACAACGAGGCCAACAAGGGACAACAUCAACUGCACUACUGCAACAACAGCAGCAGCAACAACAACAAUAAUAAUAAUAGUCAUUCGUGGGCCCGAAAGAAAUACUUUGGCAAUGGCAACAACAGUCUGCAGCAGCAGCAACAGCAUCCAUCUUCGUACUUCCAGCGGCAGCAGCAGCAACAACAGCAACAACAGCAAAUGCAGCUGCAACAAGAGCAGCAGGCAAUGAACAACAACGAUGUGCUGAUGAAGAAUCAAAAUAUUGUUAACGCACAGGUGUCUGAUUGCAAGUCUAGCGACAGCAACAACAAUAACAGCAGCAGCAGUAACAACAACACUAGCAGCAGCAGCAGCAUCAGCAGCAGCAGUUGCAGCAACAGAACAAAGCCAGCCAAAUGGCUUAAUGAGAACAGUAGCAGCAGCAGCAACAACAACAUUAAUAACAAUAAUAUCAGCUGCAGAAAUAACAACACCAAUAGCAUUGUAACCAAGCGGCGCAACUCCUCAUCGGCGGACGCAACAGCCGCCUACUAUCGCAAAUCGGAGUCGGAAUCUGGAUGCUCAGAAACUGCAGCAGAAUCGGCGGAAACGGAGGUAACCGGUACAGGUCCCUGCAACAACAAGAGGUACACAGGAAACGCGUCGAGCGCGGGCAGUGGUACUGAAGCAAGCAUGGGUAAGAGCCAGGAUCAGGAGCAGGAUCAGUCGGCUAAGCAGCGGCCGCGACAGCAACCUUUAAGUUUCUGGAAAACCAAUUACCCACAGACAAGCGCCAGUCAGCUCAAAGAUAAGGAAACGGUUGCAGCAGUUGUGUCGGCGGCCGCAGUAGCAGCAGCAGCUGCAGCAUCGGAGCAGCAGCAGCAACAGCAGUCGCUGUCCCUCGAGCACAGGCGCAACUCGGGCUAUCAGCAGCAUCAGCAGCACAACUACUAUCCAUAUUACUAUUCGCAGCCCAAGCAGUUGACCAUCGCCUCGUUCCUGCAGAAGGAAAUGCUGCCGGAUAGCACUGAGAAGUCCAGUCAGCACAGCAGCAGCAAUACGGGCAGCAGCAGUAACAACAACAACAGCAGCAGCAACAUGAUUGGUAGCAGCAGCAACGGGAAUAGAAACUAUUCACGGAACCAAUAUGGACAUCAGUCGGCGGGGUCGAGCUACCAGCAGCAGCAGCAGCGGUACCGCAAUGCCCAGAAUGUCUAUCAGCAAUACCAGCAUCAGCAGCAGCAGCAACAUCAUGCUAACCAGCAGCAGCAGCACACGCAUCCGCACUUCCGCCGGAAGCACAGCGACAACGGCAGUGGCAUUAACAAGAAGAUGCACUACAGUCCACCGGGAAAGAGUGGGGAUCAAGCGGACAGAUCUGCAUCUGGACAGCAACAGCACCACCAUCCACAUCAGCAACAACAGACAAUCGAGAUCUUGGCCAGCAGCCACUUCAACGCCAUGCACCGCCGGAUGCAGGGUGGGAAUAAUAAGAACGGCUACUACCAGCACAGCUAUAACCCAAUGACGGGCGAGGUUGGUUCCACGCCCACGCGCUCCGAGCACCAAAAUAUCUAUAAUCUUACUUAUAUUCAUGUGGACACGGAGGCAACCAGCGAAGCCGCCUCAGCAGCAGGAACAACGCCGGUGGUCAAGCCAUCGCUGCUCAACAAGCCGAACAUUUCUAUAACGCCAGCUUCAAGCACAACGCCGACCACUGUGGACAGAGCACUGCCGCCGGCGGUUCGCUCCGCAUCUGCCCCGGUGUCCGGUUCUGUUUUACCUGCGCCAACGAACCACGUACGAAACAUGUUUCCACCGCCACCGCUGGCUUUGCUUGGUGGCCACGGAUUGCUGUCGCCGGUGACCACAACCACGCCCACCAAAAUGAUAAGCUGCGCCCAGCUGGAUGAGGCCAUAACUGCGGCGGCCGCCAGUGUUGACAAGUUGUCCACGAGCCCAAGUUAUAAUCAGGCGGGGCAUUACAUUAUUCCGCCCCAUCAGCAGCAGCAGCAGCCAUCGUCGCACCCAAUCCCGACUGGGACGAGUUCACAUCCUCCGCCGCCGCCACCGCCACACAUGUUCUUUCACUUUGCCGACAGGUACUGCAAUCCGGGCAAUCAGGGUCACCAGGCGCCUCCAGCUACCGUGUGGCCGCACUCCAGUUCGCCCUGCUACCCGGCCUCCUACGGUUCCAGCUGCGGAAGUGGAACUGGCGGCGGAACAUCGCCGCACAACAAGGAUGGGAAUGCCGUUGCACUACGACCCACAUCGCCAGCGCUUUCCUCAUCCUCACUUGGCAGUGAGUCGCACUGGAGCGGAACAAGCAAUCGCAGUCGCUUGGGCCAUAGUGGCCAUCUCUCUGUUUCGCCAACUCCUAGCGCACUGGGAUCUGCUCAGUUAUCUCCGCACCUGGCCGAGAUGCGUGUGCAGCAUCCGUUGCACCAGCAACAUCCCGCAUCGCAUGCCAGUAAUCGUCCACAUGGGCAGAUGGGCGGACAUGCAAUGAGCUCCUAUGUCCCGCACCGUCCACCGCCACCACCACCUCCUCCACAUCCAACCAUCUCAUCGCCGAACCCAACUCCAGUUGCUGCUGGAGCCGGAGGGCCGUGGUACGAGAUGCUCCUGCCUCCCGAUCGCUACUUGGCCCAAGCGCGAAAUAUUGAGGUCGCCGUGCAGCCGGAGAAGCUCAUCUGCAUGUGCAAGUACGACAAUCUGUCGGCGGAAAUCUGGAAGAGAUUUAGGGGAGCCCAGCAAACGCACAAGAAGUUUAAGCUUAAAAUGCGCCUCUGGCGGUACUUGUACCUAUGGAUGCACCAACCGAUGUUUGAGAGGUAUCGCAUCUGCCUAGUUGGAUCCACCAUCACGGGCUUCGGGACGGACUCAUCCGAUAUCGACAUGUGUCUGCUGCCCGAGCAGGGGGUACAUCCCCACCAGCAUCAGUACCACCAGCACCAGCACCAACACUUCCACAAUGAGAAGCGAACGGAGGCACUGAUCAUUCUCACUUUGUUUAACGCGGUUUUGAAGGACACGGAGGUUUUCCAGGACUUCAAUCUGAUCGAGGCGAGAGUGCCGAUCCUGCGCUUCAAGGACAUCACCAACGGAAUCGAGGUCGAUCUAAACUUCAACAACUGCGUGGGUAUCAAAAACACCUAUCUGCUACAACUUUACGCCCAAAUGGAUUGGCGAACACGACCAUUGGUGGUGAUUGUGAAGCUCUGGGCCCAGUAUCACGACAUCAACGAUGCCAAGCGCAUGACCAUUUCCAGCUACUCACUAGUGCUAAUGGUGCUGCAUUACCUGCAGCACGCCUGCGUGCCCCACGUCCUGCCCUGCCUGCACUCCCUGUACCCGGAGAAGUUCCAGCUGGGACAACAGGACUGCCUGGACCUGGAUCUCAUCGAACCGAUCGAGCCCUACCAGGCGCUAAACACCCAGACGCUUGGGGAGCACCUUCUGGGUUUCUUCAAGUACUACAGCAGCUUUGAUUUCCGGAACCUUGCCAUCUCCAUUCGAACUGGUGGUGUCCUGCCGGUUUCCACAUGUCGAAUGGCGAAAAGCCCCAAGAACGAUGUCUACCAGUGGAAGGAGCUGAACAUCGAGGAGCCCUUCGAUCUGUCCAACACGGCGCGAUCCGUCUAUGAUGCGCCCACAUUUGAGCGCGUGAAGGCCGUCUUUCUGAUCUCGGCACGACGCCUCGAUCAUACCCUCGACCUGGCCACCAUCUUCCGGCCCAUUCACCACGUGCCCGAGCACUUUCCCCAGCAGCAGCAGUUUGAGCAGCAGCUACACCAUCCGAUUGCCGGUCAGCAGCGGAGUGCCGGAGGAGGAGGUGCCAAUCCAGUGUCCAGCAAAUUGAACCCAGAUGCAGCCUCGACCUUUGCCGAAGCGACUGCAGCGCAUGUCGCCUAAUUGGAGCCGAUUGAAUGGCAACGUAAAAGAAACUUACUUACAAAAAUGAAGAAAUUAAAUAGAUAAGUAAUAUGUGCAGCAAUGUUAAAUCAAAACAGAAAACCUUGUAAAUUGAAAUUCAAAAAAAAAAUCCGAACAAUCCGUACGGAAAUUUACGUGAAAGCCCGACUGGAAUCGAAUUUCAAUACAUUUUUUAAUGCAUUAUCUUGUUAAAUGUUAUUAUAUUCACCUAUUUAUACCUUUAUAAACUCAAAUUGUUUGCUCGCAUUCCAUUAAUGAUUGUAAACAGCCACGGGACGUGUGCGAUGUCCGUCACUCCAGUGGUGUGUAUGUAUCUUUUUGAAAAACAAUAUGUCAUCCGAAAAUGUAAAAUUGCAAGUUCUGUAAAAUAAAAAGCAACAAAACAGCCAAA